AUGAAGCUUUCCUGGGGCUUUAUCGCCUCUUCGCUGUACUGCUCGGCCUUCGCAGCCAGGCCAACAGUCAGCCCCGAAACAGCUCGACUAAUCCUCGCACAGCGGCUGGGCCUAUCGCGAUUCCACUCGAUUGAGCACGCAGACUCAGAGACGCUUCGGCAUAUCAAUGUGUACGGAGGGAGGCAACAGAAGCUGUUUGGAGGGGAGGAUUCAGAUCGGUCAAAAGCACAUCUGCUGUUGUGGAUAGAGGACGCGGAGCAGGAUGAAGCUACAGUCGUCAUCAACGAUGGAUCAGACCGGACUCAAGAUUUCGCGAUAUCAAACCCUCCUCCAGCGUCCGAUAACGAUCGCCUCAUCCAAGACUUCAUAUCCCAAACCGAGUCGUUACCAGAGCGUCCAGAUCCAAAGAAACAGACCUAUACAUCAAGCCUUGAGAUUGAGGCUGGACUACCAAACAACAAGCUGGAGCUUUACAAUGAGUAUCUGAGUGUUUUCCGCGCCAGCAAGAGCGAUAACUUUAGCAGCGAGGAGCUCGCCAAGGUGCUGGACGCGGCCAAAAACAAGGCGGCAGAGUUGGGUUUCUCCACCACCAUGGUUAUGAUGCCGGCUUCGAAGACUCGCUCCAAGCGUGGCGCCAAUCCUUGGGGUACAUACGACCUUCCUUCCAAAGAAGCACGUCGCCAGAACCCCGAAGCGGUGCUUUCCUCAAACCCGGAGGCCUCCUCUUCGCCCAAUCCUAAAGUAUCCGAUCUUGAAGACUUUCCUGUCAUUGCCUUCGCCGAAGAUCAGGCACCAGUGCGAGGCAUCCUUCCAAGCUGCUUUGAUAGUCUGUCCGCCUGCCAGAAGCUGACGCACAACUGUUCUAGCCAUGGCGAGUGCAAGGUGCUUCAUAAGCGUCGCGGGUCCGGCAGCAACCAGGAGUCGGUGGAUUGCUUCGGCUGUGCCUGCUCGCCCACCGUCCAGGAGGUUGGUGAGAACAAGGGUAAGAAGGUCACGUACUGGGGCGGACCGGCUUGCCAAAAGAAGGAUAUCUCGGUCCAGUUCUGGCUGUUUGUUGGCAGCGGUGUCGUCCUUGCCUUCUUGGUAGCAUCAGCUAUUGGCAUGCUGUACUCGAUGGGCAGUGAGGAGCUACCGAGUGUUAUCGGUGCAGGUGUCAGCGGUCCUGUCAGGAAGUAA